AUGGCUUCAGAAUUUCCCACCAAGAAGUGCGGCGUCCUUGGCUGCACCGGCUCCGUAGGCCAGAGAUUCAUCCUCCUCCUUGCGAAGCACCCUUACCUCACUCUCCACGCCAUCGGCGCCUCCUCGCGCUCCGCCGGGAAGAAGUACCGCGACGCGGUGAAAUGGAAGCAAGCCUCCCCCAUUGGCGCCAUUGGCGACAUGGUCGUCCGCGAGUGCAAGUCUUCCGAGUUUGCCGAUUGCGACGUCGUGUUCAGUGGUCUGGACUCGGACGUUGCUGGUGAGAUUGAAAUGGAAUUUGUCAAGGCCAACAUCCCCAUCUUCUCCAACGCAAAGAACUACCGUCGCGAUCCUCUCGUGCCCCUCGUCGUACCGACCGUCAACCUGUCCCACCUCGACCUCAUCCCGCACCAGCGCGAGCACCACAAGCUCCAAAAGGGUUUCCUCGUCUGCAACUCGAAUUGUGCCGUUAUCGGGCUCGUUGGGCCCUUUGCCGCCCUGCAGGCCAAGUUUGGCAAGAUUGACAAGGUCAGCAUCGUCACCAUGCAGGCUGUCUCGGGCGCUGGCUACCCUGGCGUGAGUAGCAUGGAUAUGAUCGACAACGUCGUGCCGUUCAUCUCGGGCGAGGAGGACAAGCUGGAGAGCGAAUCGAGGAAGAUCCUCGGUGACCUAAACGCCGACAAAAAAGGCUUCACGGAGCAAUCCACCCUCCGUGUCUCCGCGGCGUGCAACCGCGUGCCUGUCAUGGACGGACACACCGCUUGCGUGUCACUGUCAUUCGAGAGCAAGCCGGCACCCACCGCGGAGCAGGUGAGGCAGGCACUGCGCGACUUCAAGCCGGAAGCUGUCACGCUCGGCUGCCCCUCUGCUCCUGAGCCGGCCAUCACAGUGUUCGACGAGCCGGACAGGCCGCAGCCCAGGCUGGACCGCGACCUAGGCAACGGCUAUAGCGUCAGUGUCGGGCGCGUCAGAGAAGAUGAGGCUGGUAUCUUUGACAUCAAAUUCGUUGCCUUGAGCCACAACACUGUCAUUGGCGCGGCUGGCUCCUCGAUAUUGAACGCCGAAGCGGCCGUGCUCAAGGGAUAUCUCUAA